AUGUCAGACGCUGAAAAUGAUAAUCAAAAUGAUCAAAAAAAUUUGGAAGAAGGGAAAUCGGAAGAAAAAGAAAUAGAAGAAGAAGAACCAACUGAAACUACCGAUUUUGCAGAUUUACCUAGAAUGAAAAAAAAGAAAAAGAAAACCAUGACAGAAUUUAUAGCGCAAUUAAAUGAUGGAGUAGAAGAUGCAACACGAACAGAAGAUGACGUAUUUGCAACAGAUGGAGAACAUGUUGAUAAAGAAACAAAACUUUUAGGGCGAGUUUUUCAUAUCCUUCGUCAAAAUAAUCCGGAACUUGCAGGAGAAAAGAGAAGAUAUACAAUUGUUCCACCAGCAGUUCAUCGGGAAGGAAAUAAAAAGACAAUCUUUGCGAAUGUUGCUGAUAUUUGCAAGAGAAUGCACAGACAACCCGAGCAUGUUAUUCAAUUCUUGUUUGCAGAAUUAGGUACAAGUGGGUCAAUCGAUGGAGCACAGAGGCUUAUUAUUAAAGGAAGAUUUCAACAAAAACAACUUGAAAAUGUUUUACGAAGAUAUAUAGGUUUCAAAGCGCAAACAGAAAAGAGAGCUGCACAAAGAAGAGCUGCUGCUGUAUAA